CGUCAAUUCAUCGUCGGCAUCUUCUACACCCCCUGCUCCUCCCUCCUCCUCCGUUCUCUUCCACAAUUCCGCCCCCUGGCACGCGGCCGUCGGCUUCUGAGCGUCUGACACGUGGCGCAUCCUGGGAUCGGUGCACUACAUACAGUAGUGCCACGUGGCACAAGUGGACGGAUGCGAUGUGAAUCAAGUGGACUGUGAGGUGAGGCUGCUGCAAAUAGCAACUGUCAGAAAGAGCAGCUUGUAAGGAGGAACACCGGGGUGUACGGUUGGUACUACGUCAGAAGUUGCAGGUAAUACAUACAACCAGAGUUCUAUUUUUAGAUUGCAAAGCCCGAAAGCAAGGGCGAAAGCGAGCAAAGACAAAGGGUCCAGCAAAUAAAACGAGCGUUUGACAGCGAUCGAGAGCGGUGGCAGCGCAACGUGGUGUCAUCAUACAAUGGAGGGUCGGCAUGCGGUUCGGCAGUUGCUUAGGGCCAUCGAUCAAAACAUCACGAAAGUUACAGGCAAUCGCCUAUGGCGGGAGCGUGUCAUCGCGAUGUCGCGCAACAGCGUCUCCGGGGAAGAUUCUGUCACCACAGCAAACGAAGAGGAGCGGGUCGCUCUUGCCAAGGACUAUGCUUUCCUUCUCAACAGCGUGCGUGAGCACAAGGAGUUGUUGUCAUCGUAUAAUGUCAAAGCAGACGGAAGAGAGGAUCUGCAAUUAGAACGAGCGGCGGCAAGGGUCGGCCUGAAGUUGCCCAUAUCUUCCGGGGAAGAAGAGCCCUCCAAAUCCUAAUUCCCAAGCUGAAGUUGAUUUGAUUUGUUUCCAUUCAGAUUCCGAACCUUUCGGGGUGGGGGGGCAAGGGGGGGAAAGAGGGGGGAGGGGGAGGGCCUAGGGGUGUUUUGUUUUUCUGUUUGGCGAGGGCAGAAGAAGGGCCAGUUCAAGCUUAGGGAAGGAAGCACUUCUUCCUCUAACCAUGUGCAUUUAGAAUGUGCAGGUCUAUGAUAUGAUGGGCCUUUGAUGCCAUUUCUUGCGAAGUGAAUGUUCAUGCGAUUUUCUGUGCAGAUACCAUCAUGAACCAGGGCCGGUUUCUGGACCAUGUGCGUUCAAAUGUUCUUCGAUCAGAAUAGCAACAUGUAGAGUGUGGCGGGUCUUGAAGUUCUUUUUUUUCUUUUUCUUUUUUUACGAUUUUAAGAAUUGCAAUGCUGAAAGUCUGAAAUCAUGUGGUUUUGCAGACAGGAGCAAGGUCCUACUAGCAAAGAGGAUUGUCCCACGUGCCUGAAUCUGGAUGGGAGAUGCAGAAAUGCAGAUCUACACCAAUUUUCUUCACCCUCCACCACCAUGUUCCCCUGGUGUAUGGAAAUACUAGAACAAUUUGGCAUUUUCUUUGCACUUUUUGCACUUUUUGACAGCUUUCGGUGCACUGCAUUC